CUAGAAUUCUUUGUGUUGCGCUCACUUGGGCGCUAGGGACAAUGUUGCAGUCUCGCCCGCCACCGAGCAGCGGCGGUGUAUCGCGGUCUCGUUUCGCGUGCUCCGGUGGUGCUCCCGCCUGCCUCGCGGUCACUAGCGCCGCGCUGGCACGCCCGCAGCAGUCGCGGCGUGGCUCACGCGCGUCGUCGCCAUGCAUAACGCCCGCGACCCGCGGCAGCGGAGCCGGCUUGCCGCACACCGCCUCACGCCUUAGCGGCGGUGGCAACGGCCGCUCCGCCCGGCCUGUGCUGCUGCCCCCGCCAGCGGCCAUUGCCUCGGCCUUCUUUCCCGACGACGAAGGCAAUGGCGACCCCAGCAAUGCGUUCCGGCGCAUGUUCGACCGGCUGCGGGACGUGCAGCCGGCCAGCGACGCGGGGCGGCCGUCCCGCCGCGGCAACCCGCUGUGCGAGUACGUGGCGCUGCUGUCCUGCUACAAGGCCAGCAAGAUGCAGGAGCUGCUGGACAAGAUGGAGAUGGACCUGGACCAGCUGCAGGCCGACCUGGGCGUGAGGCUGCGCCACCCGGAGGCUGCGGGCAUGGCGCUGCUGGGCGCCGAGCUGGCAGUGGCCGAGUACAACGCCAGCCCCUUGCCGGCGUCGCACCUGGCGUGCCUCGGCGAGCUGGUGAUGCACCUGGCGACGAUGGAGCUGGCUUGGUCGGUCCUGGAGAAGUCAACCGCGGCGGCGGAGGCACAGUCCGAGGCAGAGGGGAAUCCAAGCAGCGCCAGCGUGCGACAACCGCUACCUUCGCAUGUCGGCGUGGACAAAGCAAUUAUGAACUGCGCUGCGAAAGAGGUGGAAGCCGAGCUGCCGUUGCUUCUGGUUGAGAGGUGGAAGCUGGGCACGCACGCCCGUUAUGGCCGCGUUAACCAGCGCCCGGCAAAGAAAGACCUGGCCAACGUGGCCAAGGCGCUGUUGGCGGUGCUGUACCUGGACGGCGGGUACGCCGAGGCAGUGAGGCCCGCGCUGGCGCAACUGGUGGCGGAGGUGCUGCUGCGGCCCCGGUCCGGCAGCGACAGCGAGGACGGCAGCACAGCGGCGGUGUCUGGCCCGCCGACUCAGUCUGCCACGGACGUGGUGGGCCGGCUGCUGGAGCAAGCGCUGGUGGCCCGGCCACCCGGCCAGCUGCGGCAGCCGCGGCAGCUCAACCUGCCGCGGGGCAAGGACGACCUGCACCAGCAGAGCAGCAGCGGCAGCGGCAGUGGCAACGAACAGCCGUCGCAUGAAGUGAAGCUGCUGGCGAGGUACCUCAGAGAGACGCUGGGCCCGCUGGUGCUGUCCCUCGAGAAGUUUGGGGAGAAGUACGAGCCGAUGCACGCGGCGCGCUUUGUGGAGUUGAGCGCGCUGUGGUACAGCUACCUGUACGCCAUGCCGCCGCCGCCGGCCCGCGGCAUGCCGGUGCCCCGGUCCUGGGGCGGCCUGGCGCGCGGCACGUACCUGGCCCCGAUGCAGCCGCCAGACGGCGCGCCGGCCGCCGUUGACGCCCUCAACCCGCCGCUGCCGCACGCCAUCGCCACCGGCGCCACCGCCCCGGCCGCGCUGCUUGCGCUCGGCCGAGAGGUCUACUGCGUCGCGGCCAUGGAGGUGCUGCUGGAGCGGGAAGUUGAAAACCCGGUGGAGAGCAAACUGGCGCUGGGCACCAACAAAAAUGCACGUGGCACGGCCUCAGACCGCUUGCGCAAGCAGCUGGCGCGGCUGUGCAGCGCCCCAGUGCGCACGGCGCAGAUGGUGGCGCUGUUGCCACAGCUGGAGCGGGACACUGGGGACCCGGCCGUGGCGGCGCGGGUGCCCGAGUGCGUGUACGGCGUGCUGGGCACGGUGAUGCUGGAGGGCGGGCUGAAACAUGCGCGGGCGGUGGCGCGGAGUUUGAUUGAGAUUGCGGAGAGCGUGCAAAGUGCCUAGGCGGGUGUGAAGCGCGUGCACGCGGAGACCAAUGCAAGUUGCGGUGAAGGAAUGGACGCCUGAGGUGCGAGGUCAGUCGGGUGUGGAGUGAUGGUGUGGGCACAAAGCCACAAAGCUUGUGUACGCGAACGGGCAGCCGUGCUCUCUGGAGACAACACGG